GCCAAUAGUUCGACUGUAAUGUCAUCAAUUGUCAAAAAACAUGUUUUACAAAUUAAUAAUUUUAUUUACAUUGCUGUAUUCAAUAAUUGUUAUAGUGUAUGGUUUCUCCACGUUAAAUGGAAAAUAUACUAAGGACAUUGAAGAUUUUGACUUGGUAAUACCACACAAACUCACUGCGGAGGGAUAUUUUAAAACGUUUGAAAUCCCACAUUUCGUUGAACAUAAUUAUGAAUCAAGAACACGAAGAGAUGUAAGGUUUCCAGAGGAAACUGUACACUAUGGUAUUCAUUUAAACGGGAAAUUGCAUCAUGUAGAAUUAACUCCUAACCACAAUUUUGUAUCGCCGAAUUUGGUCAUUGAACGGCGGGAUCCUACUAAUAGACUAAAUGAGAGUAUGUUCAGAAAAUUUGAUAAGAGAAUGUGUCAUUACACAGGAAGCGUAAGGAAUUAUAAUGAUUCAAGAGCAGCAUUAUCCACAUGUGAUGGUCUGGCGGGCUAUGUCACUUUGAAUAAGGAACGUUACUUUAUAGAACCAGUAGCUGAACAUUCACCGAAUAAUAAAGGGCAACAUCUGCAUGUAAUAUAUAAAAGAGAAGGACAAAAUAAGUUUGAUGAUAAGAAAUGUGGAACGGAGAGUGACUGGGAAGAAGCGUGGAAGAAACGGUUCCGUGAGAAAUAUCAAGAUGAGGGUACACUUGAUGUACCAAAAAGAGAAUUGCAGAGUUUACAUAGAUAUAUAGAGACUUUAGUUGUGUGUGAUAAAAGAUUUAUUACCCAUCAUAAAAAUAUAGAUAUAGAAGCUUAUGUAAUGACCUUAAUGAACAUGGUUGCCGAUUAUUUUCAAGAUGAAAGUAUUGGUUUACAAAUAGAUGUUAUUGUUGUAAGGAUUAUUUAUCUGGAAAAGGAGGAAGAAGAGAUUGACCUUGUGAUAAACCCAGAUGCAGAUAAAACAUUAGCAAGUUUCUGUAAAUGGCAAAUGAAGUUAAAUCCUAAAGACAAAGAAAACCCAAAUCAUCAUGAUGUUGCACUUUUAUUAACAAGAUACGAUCUUUGUUCAGAUAAUAUGACAAGUUGUAGUCUUAUGGGAUUAGCUUACUUGGCUGCUGCUUGCACCCACAAUGAACCAUGUGGCAUCAACGAAGAUGGAGGAUUAUUAACUGGGGUAGUAGUUGCACAUGAACUGGGCCACGUAGUAGGAAGUAGUCAUGAUAAGGAGGGAGAGUCAAGUUGCCCUGCUCAAGAUUCGGAUGAAUCAUUUUUUGUAAUGGCGCCAUAUGUAAGCUUAUUUACAAUCAGAUGGUCUUCAUGUAGCAGAGGGUUCAUAAAUUCUCUAUUUGAAAACGGCCUCGGCGAUUGUUUAAACAAUGAACCAAAAGAAACAAUGUACCCAUUUAAGAACGUUCUUCCUGGCACUGUUUAUGAUGGUGAUGCUCAAUGUAACAUGCACUUUCCAAAUUCAAAGUUAUGCAAACUGAAUACUGAUAAAUUUUGUGAAAUGUUAACUUGUAGAGUUUCACCAACGACUUGUAUGUCAAAAGGCGAACCUGUAAUUGAUGGAACACACUGUGGACAAAAUAAGUGGUGUUAUCGAAAAGAAUGUGUCGAAAUUGGUGAACGUCCAGAGGCGGUGAAUGGAGACUGGGGUGAGUGGUCUGGAUGGUCAGAAUGUUCAAGGUCAUGUGGUAUUGGGAUUUCUACUUCGAUACGAGAGUGUAACAAUCCCAAGCCCAAGAACAAAGGCAGAUACUGUAUUGGGGAAAAGAAAAAGAUAAAAACGUGCAAUACUCAACCUUGCCCAAAAGGAACACCCUCUUUUAGAGAAACGCAGUGUGCUGAAACUGAUUCUGAGAUGUUUUAUGGAAAGUAUUUUCAUUGGAAGGCUCAUUUUAUAUCAGAUGAACCAUGUACGUUGUAUUGUUUAAAUGACGAUUUCCAAUUUGCUAAACGAAGAGGAAGAGUUAAAGAUGGCACUAGUUGUAAAACAGGAACUACGGAUAUUUGUGUAACAGGAGUUUGUACAAAACUUGGAUGUGACUUCAACAUAAAUUCAGACGCCGUUGAGGAUGUUUGCGGUAUCUGUAAUGGUGACGGGACUCAGUGUAAAAUAGUGGACGAAAUUUAUACAGAUUUAGGAGCACACGAUUAUAAAAAAGUAGUCACUAUACCUGCAGGAAGUAGGAAAAUUUCUAUUAACGAAUUGGCACCGUCGGAAAACACAAUUGCCAUUUCGGACAAAUAUGAGAAAAUAUUUUACCUUAACGGAGAUCAUAAUGAAGAAUUAGAUGGCGUUAAGAGUUUUAAUGACGUUGAAGGAAUGUAUUCACAUUCAGAACCUGGUGAAGAAAAUUUAAUAAUUAGUGGACCAAUUAAAGAUGACAUCAUCUUUUAUGUAUGUUUUUAUAAACAAGAAAAUGUUGGGUAUCAUUAUACGUAUGCAGAAAUGAGUAAAGAUAACAUUUACAAGCCGAAAUACCACUGGGAAUUACUUGAAUGGUCAGACUGUUCAGUUAAAUGUGGGGGAGGUUUUCAAACUCCAAGCUUUGAUUGCAUUGAAGAAAAAUCAGGAAAAGUAAGUGCAUCCUUCUGUACGUCACAGCCGAAACCAAUAACUGAGCCUAAGAAGUGCAAUGAAAUGCCCUGUUCAACAAAAUGGAAAGUUGGAAAUUGGGGCGAGUGUUUGGCGUGCAAAAAUAAAGCCGGUGUGCGUAUAAGGGAAGUAGAAUGCGUAAGGGAAUCGCCCCGGCACGGAGCUCAAGAUAUUCUUGUCGAAGAUGAAGAGUGUAAAGAUUUAAAACCAGGAACACGUGAACUAUGCGAUGCUCACGAAACGUGCAGCAAGAAACGACACACAGACAAUCUUCCGGAUCAUUUGAUGGAAAAAGUAUGGACGCAGACCAGGUCCAUUAAUAAAAAGGAUUCCGAACACCGUCAAGCGUUAUCAGAGUCAUCAAUGGAAACGAGAAAAGGAAACACUAUCAUUAAGGAUAGAGUUCCGAAUGAGGAGCUCAAAUUAAUAAAAAUUCCUUUCCGACAAUCACGAUUGUCGCUUAAUUUAACCGAUAAUGCAUUCGAAAAAAUGGGCGACGAUGUAGCAGACACCAUGGAUAUGAGUAAUGCCAAGAUAAUUACAGGAGACAAGGCUGCAGAACUUCUGAAAAUUCUACAAAAUCAAAACAAUACACCUGGUGGUUAGAAAAUGAUACUGCAAUAUUAAUAAUAAACCAUCAUCAUUAAA